AUGACUAGUCUUUCGAUUACUCCUAAUCCAUCCUCCAUAAAAACGGAUGAUGAUGAUGAUGAUAACACAUCAAAUUCUGUUCCUUCAUCUUCAAAUUCAAAAUUAGACAUAGAACAAAGUGAAACUCGUUCUAUAACUAUUUCAGAAGCUAUUGGUCUUGAUUUCAAUUCAUUUAUUCCACAAGCUGAUAUAACAUCACAAGUACAUUUUGUUAGUAAUAUUCAGCUGGGUUCUCAAGUAGAUUUAGCUGGUCUUAAAGAUGGAGAUCGUCGUAUAUUACAAGUAAAUGGAAUUAAUGUUACUAAUCUUGAACAUGAAGAUGUACGAAAAUUAAUGCAAUUAAUGACUCCAAUUAUCUUAACAGUAGCAAAUGAUCCAAAAUAUUUACUCAUUCUUCAACAACCAGUUGUUGAUAUUGAAGAAAAACUACCAGGUAAUUUUUAA